GAAUAAGGCGCGGUUGAAAAGUUUCACUGAGAGCCUAAAUAUCCUCUUCUUUUGGACAUACAUUUAAUGAUGGAUGAAAAUUAUCACGCUAACACAUGUCUAUGUCAUACAAAUGUGUAGUUGCAUCGCAUUCCAUGAAAUUUGGCGAAUUGUCAUGGUUUUCUAUCUUGGUCAGACAGGUUAGUCGACUAGCCUACAGCAUAGCGCGAAGACAGUUCUGCUGUCAUGCAAAUGUUUCACAUCAGUCCUCCGAACUAUCAGUAGCCUAUUUCACACAGAGACGUGGUACACUUAUGACAUUUGAACGGGUAAUCACUGAGGACUAAAUUACAACACUCUUACCGCUUUCAUCAAUCAAUCGCCAAAUCUCACAGGAAAAUGUCCUGGCGUGCACACAGAAAAGCGGCGACUGUAAUUUCAUUAAGCAUAACUUUAUGCGCACUUUUCUACUGGCAAAGCAACAACAUACACUUCCAAACAUCAUCCUGCGGCUGUGGCAGUUGUCCAAAGGAAAACGAAGACGAGGGUUCCUGGUUUUCCAAGCGCUUCAAUGCCUCGUUUCACCCGCUAAUGUCACGCAACAGCAGUGUCCUCAAUGAAAAGGCAUCCAAAUGGUGGAAGGGGUUACAACCUUUUCAAGGACAGCCCGACUACAGAGUGGUUGUGGAAAAGUUGUUCAAACUCAUUCCUGACAAGGAGUAUUACAGGGAUGGAAGUCCAGACCGCUGCAGGGUGUGUUCUGUAGUGGGCAACUCUGGGAACCUGAAGAACUCUCACUAUGGACCUCUGAUCGAUGCCAGCGAUUUUGUCCUCAGGAUAAACAAAGGUCCUACCAAAGGCUUCGAGCAGGAUGUGGGAUCAAAAACUACUCAUCGCAUCAUUUAUCCUGAAAGUGCUGUUGAUGUCGACAACUCUACUCACCUGGUGCUGGUUGCUUUCAAGCCCCUGGAUAUGGAAUGGCUGAUAAAUGUCUUCACCACACACCGUGUCAAACAUACAUACACACGUGUGAAGUCAACAUUGCAAGCAAAUACAAGCUUGAUAAUGGUUAUCAACCCCAGUUUCAUGCAGUAUGUCCAUGAGGCCUGGCUAAAAAAGAAUGGCCACCAACCAUCCACUGGCUUUUUGACUGUUGUUCUUGCUCUUCACAUCUGUGACCAGGUCAAAGUGUUUGGGUUUGGAGCAAACAAGCAAGGAGCCUGGGAUCACUACUUUGAGAGGAUACCACCAUCCUUUAAAACUGGUGGACAUAAGGGUAGUUUUGAGUAUGACAUGAUCAAGGAGCUUGAUAAAAGAGACCAAAUUGAAAUGUAUCGAGGAUGGUGAGGGCCUUUCAUCUGGACGUAGGAGUUGUUUUGUUUUUUCAGCUAUACCAUGCCCCAUAACUCAAGACUAUUCAAUAUCUUGUUCUGCUGUCACUGUAACUUUCCACUUUGGAUGCGGUUAAUACUAUGUCCUAUUUUAGUUGUCUUUUGUUGGUUAUAAGUUCUUAAAAUGGCAAAUGAAGAAAAGUGUUGACUAGAAUGAUGGGGUGACUGCUAACUGCUAACUUCUAAACAAAGCAUUGCCAUGCACUAAAGGAUCGUUUUAUUCAAUUUAUUUAACAUUAUUCUAUCAACACAGACAUCACAUCAAUAAUCUAACAUUAUAAUGUAUUUGCCGCAGGUGCACUGUUGAGUGAGUAAGACCAUUGACUUGCACUUGUACACUGCAACUAUAGAAGGAUUGGAUAAAAUGUGCUGGAAAUGUCUCCACUGAUAAAUAUCACACUGACUAACCUAUAUGUCCAAGUGCCUUUGGAACAUUGAAUGAAUGAUUGCUGAUAAUGUGAAAUGUAGAUAUUGCAUUGAAGAUCAGCUAUUUCUUUCUACAACAGUCGAGAAUCCUUAUGCAAUUAUGUUUAUGUUCAUGUCAAUUAUAAAUCAUAACAUAACAAUCAUAGCAUGUCAACACUCAUUCCGUGCACAACGAAAGCCACAACCAAGCCAACGUUUUGAGUUUCGGAGCGCAUUUCUGAAUUGUAUGUGUUGUGAAUUUGCAGCUCGUUUCUAAAAUGUACAGGCCUGAUAGAGUUCAGGCAUGGUGCCUGAAUUCUGGCUUGAGCUCGGCCAUGUACGAUGUCAAAAAAGGCUAUUCUCUAUAUUGUUUUUCGAAUGUAUUUGAUCAUUUCAGGCACAGAUAAUUCCCUGUCUAUCAGUCCUGAAUGUACAUUUUGUCUACAUUUGCAACAUGUUGUCUUUAAAUGAUGUGCCUGUGUUGUCAAAUAAAGAUGAAGAUGUUUUCUUAA